AUUACCCUGCGACACUUAAUGCUGGAGCCGUGCCAGUGAGUACAGCUAAAUUUGGCUGUUUUACCCCCCCCUUUUCAGCGUGAACGGCUCAAACCUGAUGGCCAGUGAAUAUUGCCACCGUUCGGCACCUUCCGAUUCCCGAGGGCGAAAGCAACCACACUUUGCCAUAUAACAAUGGGGUCUCGCUUCACGUAGGUCCUGUCCGCGUCCUUGGGGGCUGCGCAGAAGCUGAGAUCAAAACUAUUCGCGUGCUAUGCGUCGGUGCGAUCGGCCGCACGAGCUCCGCACGGAGCUCUGCACGGCCGCCGGAUGCUGCCAAAUCACCUCACUCGCUGGUCAGCGUCGAUAGACUCCCUUCCCGCGCGCGGGCGGGACGCAGCAGGCGCGCAUCGGCGGCACCGGCAGCCAAACGAGACACUCAUGAUGCUGGCUCGUAGUUUUACCCCCCCUACUUUUCCAAAAACCACAUCGCAGAGAAAAAAGACAUGCGAUCGUCUUUUUUGGCGCCGUUUCGAGCCGAUCGGGACUCUCCGACAAAGUUAUUAUUUUUAGAUGCAGCCGAACUCCAGUCAUCAGGCAGCCUCGCAGCCCGCUGUGGUGGUGCACCACAGAGCCACUUUAGCCUGUCCCGCCAUAGCUUUUACGAUUACCGCCGGCUGCUCGUCUAGAUACCUGACCACGUUGGUGAUAGGUUUCUCGUUACUAGAGGGCAAGGGCAAGAUUUCCAUCUAGAUUUCCCGCACUGGGCACCUCAAAGCAGA